AUGAUUUGCAGCGAACAUGAUUCGCUGGACUUCAUCAAAUCCUCCCAAAAUGGUCUCUAUAAUCCCUCUAUAGCCUCUUCCGCCUCCUCAUCCUCCGCCUCGGUCUGGUCCGAAGCAUCCUUUCAAUCCUCCGACGAUACCUCCUCAUCCGUAUGCACCUCGAUUAACUCGUCGGAACAAUGCGAUUCAUACUCGUACCGGCAGUCUCUGCCUCCCCAACUCGAUGUAUCAUGCAGCCAAGUAUCAACCAGCACUUGCUGGCCGGUACCACCACCUCAACAGCCAGAAGUUCCACAAGAACUUCGGCAAAACCCGCGGCGCACCAGCAGUGGUGCGACUACCAGGACUGGAUGCCCUCCAUCUCUGGUACGCCAAAGCGAUCGCAAGGUCAACUUUGUCGAUAACCUCGUCGAUUCAGCGACCCAAAUUGUCGAAACGAUUUGGCCACUAUCCUCCGUUUUCCACCGGCACGAGUUAGGUCACAAAGCCGUGCUACCUCUGCGUACCUUCAUUCAGGAAACGCUGCGCCGGUCUCGCGCGAGUUAUUCCACUUUGCAAGUUGCAUUAUAUUAUUUAAUACUGAUCAAGCCUCAUGUGCCCGACCAUGAUUUUACCAUGGAACAGCCCGAUGACGUACACGCGAAUAGGGUUCUGCAGUGUGGUCGUCGGAUGUUUUUGGCAGCUCUGAUUCUCGCCUCGAAGUAUUUGCAGGACAAAAGUUACAUGGCAAGGGCCUGGAGCAAAAUCUCUGGGCUUGCCACGCAAGAAAUCAACCAAAACGAAAUGGCCUUCCUCAUUGCCGUAAACUGGAAGAUCCAUAUCACAGACGAUGUCUUCAAACGAUGGACUGAAAUUGUUCUCAAGAACACCCCAUCACAGCCACCUUCUUCUGGGUCGGUCUGCUCUCAGAUUUCAGAACAGCAGACUCAGGAUUGGAGAAACCUAAUUUUGAAGCUCCGUCCGGGGCUAGAUAAUAUCGAAGAUUUAAUCACCGUAAGCCCAUCGAUUAUAAAAGUAAGAGAGACAACGCCGAUUUCGCCAAUAUCAUCGUUAUCGCUUCAUGCGGAUCGACCUAGUUAUACGAGCAGUCCGUCCACUCCUAGAAUCUACAACGUUCCAUAUGUCAUGGAGCCCGUUCCGGUACAUACACCGGGUCGCCUGGCUCCGGCUCUAGGCCUACUUCCGACUCCUCGCCUCACACCGAAAUCGAUCGGAUUUGGCACUCCGGCCGCGAGCGCUGCAUCCUGCUUACUUAGCAGCAAAGGUUCGAUGGGUUUCGCUAUGGCCCAAGCUGCGAACGUGUGUGCUUCGCAAAACCUGGACAGAUGGCCUGGAUCUAUCACUUCCUCUCCUCAGAGUUACGUUUCAACACGCCGUUCUUCACUCGCCAAUUCUAUCUCGACAGCGUCUUCACCGGAGUCCAUGAUCUCUGACUCGUCACGAACGUCUCGCUCAUCCUCUAUCUCAUCAGCUUCGUCGUUGGCUAGCGCGCCGUCCGUCAAAUUAGACGUUCAGGCGCGAUGCCGAUACGCGAAGCUGUGCAGUGAGAGGUAUAGCUUAAGACCCGUGAUCGCUUCGGUACCCGAAGACUACGAGGAGAAUUUCAUUUCAUCCUCCCCUGAAUCCUACACCGGCCCGGUGGGAAAGGAUCUCGCACAAAUGUCAAUGGAGACUCCACUGACACGGGGAGUAUGCGAAAUGGACGAUGCCACGAACGCGGCUCGCGCUCUGCAGGAGCUUCACAGCUACCAUGACCGGGUGAACCCUCAACCACGUUCUAGCGUGAAGUCUGGCUCGAAGCGUAGCCGACCACUAUCUAUCGACAAUUCCUUACAGGAGAAUGUUCGCGAGAUGCUGAGCAAUCAAUACUAUGGGGCUGCAGAAAAGGAAUGGUCCGACUCUUUAUCCCGCAGCCGUACGCCUACGGAUCUGGAAAACCAGCAGACGCCGGUUCAAUCGUCUAGUGGAGGCAGGAAGCGAGUCUGCUGCUCAGCAGAAGCUCGUUCGUAUAUCAUUCCCACGUUACAUCCUGCGGUGGGUGGUGCAGGUGGACCAGGCAUGUGGGAAGGCAUCCUGAACUAG